GGCGUGUGAGGGCACUGGACGGGUUGAAUACGCAACACCCUCUCGUUAGUCAGUCGACUCUCCCUCCAGCGGUCGCACACACACUCACCUACACUCAUUUCGUUGAGGGAAAAGGCCACAGGGAGAUAAAAAACUAUGAUCUUGCGACCCCUUCCGCAAAAAAUUGAAUCCCAAGACACCAAAAUAAAUCAAUGAACAAUACCAACAACUGACUCGUGAAUUCGUGAAACGUGAUUCGAAAAAAAGGAAAUAAAGGGAAAAAAAAUCGAAAUGAGAGUAAAGGUGUUUGAUCCCAAAUUCCUGAUCCUGCUCUUCCAGCUGCUCGUCGCCGUGGGGUUGGUGCUAACGAUGCUCACUAUUCUCUACCGGAAGGAAAAGGGACCGCAGCAAACUCUCUACCAGAAGUACGGAAUCGAACACAUCUUCAGGGACGAGAGAGAUCCCAACGACGUAUACGGACAAUCUGUCAUGCACGUCAUGAACCAGCAGUACAUGCAUCCAGGGGCUCCUGUGGCUUACAUGCAGCAACAACCAGUAGCGGGAGGACAGUUCAUGCAGCAGAUGCAGUACAUGCAACAGCAACAACAAGUUCCUCCUGCUCCAAAUGUCCAGCAGCAGCCUGAAGUUGCAAAGGACUCUGCAACAGGGAACGACGCCAUGGUCCAGAAUUCUCCAGAGUUCGAAAUCGUAGCCUCUGCCAAGAACGUGACGCCCCACGACGCUCGGCUGCUCGUGUACAAUCGUGUUCCCAAGUGCGGCUCGACAACUGUGCUGGAUAUCCUCAACUUGACGGCGAGGAUGAAUAAGUACUGGUACAGGCACUCUCUGCUGUACAACGAGAUGAACCUCACGAGUGCUCAACAAAGGAUGGUCUUGACUCACUUGGGUGUUCAGAACUGGGAGACUCCAAUUAGCUACGAUCGACACAUGUACUAUGUCGAUUUCGCUAAGCAAGGCAACUCUCGCGUCGCCUGGAUGAACAUCAUUCGCGAUCCAGUCGAGAGAAUCAUCAGCGAAUUCUACUUCAUUCGCGUUAAGUCCCGUUGGGAUACGAUCGAGUCCCUCAAGAAAAUCAGCCACAGGAAGCCCCCAGACUCGUGGUUCGAUAUGACCCUUGACGAGUGUGUUCCUGCCAAGCAUCCCGAGUGCUAUCCGAAGCUCGGUCAGUACAUGAGGAUGCAGCUGACCUUCUUGUGCGGAACUGACCCCGUGUGCAGCCAAGUCGGGAACCGCCAAGCCCUCCAGCUGGCCAAGAUGCACGUGGAGCGUCAGUACAGUGUGGUCGGUACCCUUGAAGAGUUUCCUUUGACCUUACGUGUUCUCGAGGCCUACCUUCCGAGAUUCUUCCGCGGGGUCACCUCCCUCGAGCACAGCAGCGGAAACGUGAAGAAGAACGUGGGCGAGUACAAGCCCAGCGUGUCCGAGGAAACCAAAAUGACCCUUAGAGCUCUGCUGAAAGAGGAUGUCGAGCUCUAUGAAUUCGUCCGACAGCGCCUCUUCCUCCAAGCCGAAGCCAUCGCUAAGACCGAGCGCUGAGACAAAGAGACACUCCCUGUACUAAAGAAAGAAAAGUUCAUGUACUUUAAAGUUAUGUGUCAUGAGGGUGACGCAUGGUUCCAAGCCCUUUCUUGGUACAUGAAAAAAAAAAUGAUUGUCUUGCGAAAUCGUACUUACGGAGUACGUUUGAAAAUGUAAAUAUGUAACUAAGUGUUUUAUCAUCAUUUUAGAUCGAUAUUGCUGAUCAAAUUAAAGACACUCGAAUAUU